GCGGGGCUCGGUGGAAGAACAACACAGCGAUUAAAUGAUUCAGCCGCUCCGCUACACUUUAACAACCAGCCGCGCAUUAACGGAGAGUUUAAGACCCGGCCCGUCUGAUCGAGCGACUCAGAAAGCGGCAAAGAUAGCCGGUCAUUAAUGAGGAGGAAGUUAAAAUGGGAGCACUCCUCAGCGUUCCGCCGCUCUAUCUCUCUCUAUUUUGUGUUGCGUUCGCGAGCGUUUAAUUCGCCAGUUCGAGCACCGUUCGAAACCACGGGAGAGCGGCGCGAGCGCUGGUGCUGAAGCGUGUCCCAGGUACGCGCGGAUGGCAGGUCUAAAGUUCCAAAACUUCAGAUACUGUCACUGCCUCGACUUCCCUGAAAGUGUUUCCUUCUCGCACCGGUUCAGAGUCACGGUGCAAAUGUUCAGCACUGCCUUACAGGAAAGCGCCUGAGUGACUAACUUCAGUAAAGCUCGCUGUGCAAAUGGGUUCCAAGGACCAACGGCUCAGUCGUGUAGACAUUUUCCACCAGGGCUAUGCGGGGCCACUGGAGGCCCUUCCCCGGGCAACCACGUUCCUAGAGGAGCAGGACGGGAGCCUGGUGGCCCUGCGGAGGCAGGCGAUAAAGAUGGCAACUAAGUCCCAUGCAGGUGGUGAGAUGCCCCUUGAGCAACUGCUGGCACUUUAUGGGUACAACAUGCCUGAUCCUGUCCUGCAACAACAACGGGAACCAAACGAGCUGGCAGCCAGUCUGCCUGAAAUGACACUGGACAAGGUUCGGAUAGGUAAAGCUCUACUCUCAGGAGCGGAGGAUGUGGACAGCCAUUCCUCUGCUGAUGACCUCACACUCUCUGUCACAUCCCAUUCAUCUGACCUCUUUCAAUGUCACCUAAGAGGCGAUGACAAAGACACUUCAGUCAACUGGUCCGAAGACGACUCAGAAAGCACCUCUAUCCCCUCCAGUGAUGGCUGUAAGGAUAUCAUGGUGGGCCCCCAGUAUCAGGCCAUAAUUCCUUCUCUCUGUACACACACUUUUUAUGAAAGAGCCAAUGAAAAUGAGGACCAGUUAUUGUGGACCCCAGAUGUGUUGUCCAGUCUGGCUGUAGAGAAGUUUUUGCUUGAAGUCCAGAAAAAAGAGAGUGAUGAUGGACCUACAAACACUUUGACUACAGGAGAUAUAGUCAAAGACAAUGAGCAGGCUCUAUAUGAACUAGUGAAAUGCAACUUCAAUGCAGACGAAGCACUAAGAAGAUAUCGCUUUAAUAUUAAUGUUUUCAACGAAGAGCUUUGUGGCUGGAGUGAGGAGGAGUGUCGUAACUUUGAGUAUGGUUACCGUGCCCAUGGGAAGAACUUCAACCUCAUACAGGCCAACAAGGUCCGCACACGCUCAGUGGGUGAGUGUAUAGAGUACUACUACAUGUGGAAGAAAUCAGAGCGGCAUGAGUAUUUCACACAGCAGGCCACCAAGCUGGGUCGGAAAAAGUGCAAUCUGCCAUCUGGCAACACAGAGGAUGCUGAGCCAGAUGGAGAUACUGGUGAUGUGGAAGUUACUACUCAAGGUUUGCCAAGUAGGUCUUCCAUUCAACUCCGACCUCCAUCGCCACCUGCAGUCAUGGAGCUGGAUAAACAAGAGGACAGCCUGAAUUACGCAGCUCAGUUUCAUGGUCGUCCACGACGGAAACGCACGCCGCGCUUCCUAUUAAAGCCCUAAGCACUGACAGCCUAAAACUGACAGACAAACAGGUUCAGAGCGAAUCGAUGGAGAGAUGGAGCUAUGUGCAGGAUCUUGCUCUAGCCCACAGGAGCUGCAGUCGUUCAGACAAUUUUCGCUUCUCCCAGCAGAACUCCAGACGUCCACCCAGCUUUACUUCUCCUCUCUCCCUUGUAGCCACUCCGUCCCUUCUUCUCAGCCAGACUCAGUGCUCCUUGGAGCAGGUUUUUACCAGCUACAGCUGGAGUCUUUUCCCGAAGAUCCUGCACCUGCUUACUUGGAGAAUGUUGCCUUAAGAAGGCUUCAGAUUGACUUGUCUUCACCUUCCUCACCAGUCUCAGAUUUUGGGAAAAUCGGUAGCCUCUUAUGCACACCUUAGUCCAUCAGCUCCACACCCAUCCAACACAGCGACUCGCCCUUACAGCGAAAGAAAACAUUCCAGAUCUAAGCAAACGUGACGACUCGCAUUCACCUGGAAACUGCAGUCAGCUGUUGCUUUUCAGGCUACAUAAGAAGAGUCUGAAUUACAGGGAUAGUUCAGUUUGUCAUCAUUUACUCACCUUUGUCUUUACAAACAUGUUUACAUUUCUUCUGAGGAACACGAGAGAAUAUAUUUUAACUUCCUCCAAAAAACGCAUGAAGCUUUUUGAAAAUGUUCCCCAUUGACUUAAAUACUGAAGAAAGUAGUGCAUAUAGGUUUGUAACAGCAUGAGCGU